AUGCUAGUAGAAGGCGGUGCGGAUAUUGAUCGUGUGGAUCAAGAUUGGAUAGUAGACGAUGGUACGCAAGAUUACGAAGAAACAUUAACACCCUUACAAAUCGCACUUGAUUCUAGUAACAUGGAAAUUGUUUCAUAUUUACUUGAUAAAGUUCAAUUCAGAAUUCAUCGUCUGGCCGAGUGGGGAACAGUUGAAAUUAUUGAAAAAUUUAUUAAACCGACUGAUAUAAAUUCUGUAGAUGAAUAUCUUCGUACACCGUUGUUUUAUUCCGUAAAAAAACCAGUUAAUUUAAAAUAUUUAAUUUCCUUGGGUUCUAACAUUAAUCAUCAUGAUGAAUAUGACAAAACACCGGUUUUUGUUGCAAUGGAAUUGGGAAAUUUGGAAUCGGUAAAAAUUUUAAUUAAAGAAAACUGUAACUUAAAUUUCACUGUAAAGAAUGGUAAUACACCGUUAGAAUGGGCUAUCAAUGUGGGAAAUUUUGAAUUAUUUAAAUUACUGGUAGAUGGUAACGCUUCGGUAACUAUGAGAGACCCUAAGUGUCAAUGGACCCUAUUGCAUCAUGCCGUACUCGCUGUAUAUGAUGAUGUAACUUUAAAUAUGAUGCAAUACUUACUAUUAAAAGGGGCUGAAAUAAAUGCUACCAAUAUAUAUGGUGAAACCCCUUUAUAUUUAGCUGUCGAUGGGGCGUGUUGUAAUUAUUCUUAUGUAUCCAAUAAAUCUUAUAAAUACGUCAAAUUUCUAUUGGAUAAUGGGGCAGAAUUAAAUACAUUAAUUAAUGAAUAUAAACCGGUGAAUCGAAAACCACCAACGCCCAUAUCGAUUGCGGUUAUGAAAAAUAAUUACAAAUUGGUAAAACUAUUAAUUUUAUAUGGUGCAGAUUUAUAUUUAGAUAGAAAUUUAAUCAAUCUUUGUGAGGAUGCUGAGUGUCGAAGAUUGUUAUCUUACGCGGGCUUACGAUUUAACAAUGUACCAAUUAUAGCAAAUGAUUCCAGUAUAGAAAAUUUGAUUAAACAUAUAGAUUCAAAUCCAUUUGAUUUAAAAUCAUUAUGUCGAAUUACGUUACGUAAGACAUUGGGGAAAAAUUAUUUAUGUUUUAUCAACUCUGAAACUGAUAUUUUAUCAUAG